AUGAAGCACGCGCCGCACCGGUUCGUUAGUGUAACUGUUGAGUCACGGACCCAAAGAUCACCUGACGGGGUGCCUUUGACAGCUCGCGAUGAAACGCACACGUCGCCGCGCCGCCGCCAUGGCGUAGUACUCCUAGGUACUCGGCAUUGCGUGGGCGCGGUUGGCGCGGACGGCGCGAUUGACUCGUCAGCUGCUAUCGGAGUUCACUUAGCGCUAACGCGCGCUUUUAUCGCGCAGCCCCGCGCUGCAGGCCGCGUCGCACUUGUCUUCUCGACG